UAACUUGAUUCCAGAGGGCAUUUGUGUAAAAAUGUCAUAAGUCCACUUUUCUGAGUUUUCUCCCCACAAUUUUCCUCCCGAUUUGGGAGGAUGAGAUUUGUGGGCGCGAGAGAGAAAAUUUUCUCCCAGGUUUUCCAUCCUCAGUGUUUUCCAUCUUUUGCCAAACAAUAGAAAAUACUGUUUUCUUCCCUAUGUUUUCCAUCCUCCCUAAAAUCAUCCCAACCAAACAGUGUUAUUGUCUCAAGUUCAACUCUGAACAUUUCAGCAAAAAAAAAAGUUCAACUCUCUAGGUCUACGCCUUGGGUUGGUCUGGUUUCAUUGUCUAAAGUUCAGCUCUCAAUAUUUCAGCAAAAAAGUUCAACUCUCAAUAUUAAUUCUUUCAUAUUCUAUUCCCUAAGUGUCGGUCAUUGUCUCAAGUUCAACUCUAAUAUUGAUUAAUAUUUAAAUUUUUAUUUUUUGGUAAACAUGAAUUGCAUUCAAAUUAAAUUAAAGAGUUGAGGCGUGUUAGCAGUUUUGGAGUUGGCGUGUUGGUUUGAAUGUGUGUUAUAAAAAAAAAAAAAAAAGAGUUGAGGCGUAGCCUUCAUGGUACAUUCCAAUAGAAUCAUAAUACAACAACAAAAUAAGCUCCAUAGGGUGACGAGGAUCAUCGAAUCUUCUGAAGUCUUGCUUAUAGUUUGCUUCUUCUUUUUUGCCAACUUGUCUGCACACUGGCUUGCUUACCAAACCAGUGGCUGAUUUUGACCCUUGUGAUCUGUCUCGAAGCCCACAAUUCUGCAUCUACGCUUGUUGCUAUACCCAGAGAUCUCGAGAACCCAAUAUCCCAGAUCAAUAUUUAAUUCUAUCAUAUUCUAUUUCUUCCUCCAGUAAGUAAGGCCAUAAGUUUUCCCAAGUCCAACAGGCAUUAGUAACAUGCUCGUGGUACCUGUGGAAUCAACAGUAUUCGUUUGGGCGAAGUAGCCUCAGUUUCUGAGCAGGGCAAGCAUACCUAGGAAAUCAAGAUUGGGACAAUAUGGCCGAAAUCUUUUGGUCUGCCAUUGGCUUCGCAUGGGAGAAAAUAUAUGAAGCAAUUGUCGACCGGGACUUUCCGAACCAAACUAACGUCAAUAAUAUCACUGUUAAUAACUAUAAUGUUGUUGUAAUUAAUCAUCCGUCUCAUUCGAAGCCAAUUGUGCAUACAACAACUGGUGCCGUCCGAUCAAAAAAUAAAGAUAAAACAAUCGGUGCCGUCACUUCGUCCCAUACUUCAUAUUCACAACAAACAAGGGGAAAAUCUAUCAUGUCUCUACAAGAUGUAUCCACCCUCUCAGCUUCACCUCGUUCGAUUGCGCAUACUACAACUGAUACCAUAGAGACACUUUCAAAUGCAAGCGUCUCAAGGAGUUAUUUAUCCCCCUCCAUCUCCUUUAACUCGCCUCGGGAGAAGGGAGCACCUUCAAAAAAAAUCAUUGAGGAACUUUCAAAUAUGGGUCUCUCAAGGGGUUAUUCAUCCCCCUCCACCUCCUCUAAUUCACCUUGGGAGAAGGGAGCACCUUCAAAAAAAGUCAUAGAGGUACUUUCAAAUGCAAGUGUCUCAAGGGGUUAUUCAUCCCCCUCCACCUUCUCCAACUCGCCUCGAGAGAAGGGAGUACCUUCAGAAAAAAUCGUAAAGAAACCUACAAAAUUGGGAUCAAGACUCCCUCCACCUCCUCCAACUCGCCUUAGGAGAAGGGAGCAUCUUCAGAAUGAUUACUCUUGAUCGUCAAACCAAAACACUCUUUACCUCCUUCAACCCGCGCCUUGGGAGAAGGGAGCACCUUCAAAAACAAAAUGUAAGGCAAGUUGAUUUUAUUUUUUUUUAAGAGAAAGUUCUAACCUAUGACAAACUCCUAAUGAUUGAUUUUUAUCAUCAGACUAAAAAUGCUGAUUGGUCUUUGGUGUAAGCGAGAUCUAACUCCAAAUCUAUUAUUCGACAUUCAACAAUAAGAGGUUUUAUCAGUUGAACUAAAUGAAAAUAGUGGUGAGUUCAAAUAAAAAGUAGUUAUCAAUUCAACUAUUGCAACAACAGUGUUGUAAAAAUUGUUGCAUUGCUUCUCCCUCCUCACGAUUGAUCUGUUGUUCAUAAGUUAAUCUUUUUAUCCUCCAGUAUUUUCAGCAUGUAAUUAAUUAAUGAAUAAAAUGGUUUUUUUUUUUUUUUUUUGGUAUGGAAUAUUGAAAUUUUUCCAAUAAAUUUUGGUUGAGCAGCUACUUUGUAGAAGCACUAGUUAAUGUUGCGCUUUUAACUUAAUUCUUUCACUAUAAAAUCAUUGUAGGUAAAAUGUUCAGUGUAAAAGACAUUUUCUGGGUGGGUACUGGGCAGCAUGUGUAAAAAAGGGAGAAAAUAACCGGUAUUUGCUUUUUGGUGUUUUAAGAUGAUGAAUUGGCAACACACAAUUAAAAUUGCUUACUUAAUUUGUAUGCACCAUGGAGGAAUCUCCUUCCUCCACCACUGCUGACAAUGAUGUAGAAGAUAAAGCACAGGCUUUCACCGAUAAGACCCCCUACCUUGCAAGCUUACCGGCUACCGGAUUGGCAACUGGCAAGUUGGGGAUUCCGAUUUUCUAGAGUGGAAGAUAAGGAAAGAGAGUACAAAUUAAAAUUUGUAUUUUAUAAUUUAGGGCUAAAUUACUAUUGGUCUCUCUCUCAUCUAUAUCUAUAUUUAUAUAAUACUAAAAACUGAAACGUAGCAUUUAUUGUUGUUAUGCUCACGUUGAGCCACAUCAGCGGCCAUGUUAUUACUUUCUUUUUAGUAAUAAACUAAAUUAUUUUAUUUCC